GAAAGAAGAAAGAAGAAAGAACACUAACAUGGUGGUGGAGUGGAGUGUUUGUGUUUAAGGCCUGUGAUUUCUUUUGGGUAAGUGAGGGGUGAUGCAAAUGCAUGUUUAAGGUGCAUUCAGAGGUGGGGUUUCUGGCUUUUGCUUCACAGGCUGCAAUGACGAACUUGUUCAACGUUUCCACUGCUAAUAUGGGUUUCAAUAUUUCUCAGGACUUCUGCCACAAAUUCCAAGGUGUAUGUUUCUAUUUCUCAUCCCUUCUUCAUAAACUAAAAUCAACACUUUACUACUACUUCCUAAUGACCCUUGUUUGAGUGUUUCUGGAAUCCGAUGAUCUUUUUUCUGUGCUAGGUUUUUCAUUAGUCUCUCCAAUAUUCUUUCAUUCUUUCCUGCAUAUAACAGCUUUCAUAUUCUUUCUUUGUUAUAUUUACCUGCCAUUUACAGAUUCUAUUCAUAUAGGAACACUUUGAAGAAUUUGUAACUGUUCAUUUUCUCCGUUUGUUUAUUAUAUUCAUCGGAUUCCUUUUUUUCUAAUGUUCUUAUUUUAUCGGGCAUAAGAAGACUUUCACACACUCACUUAGAUCCCCACACUGCAUGCAAAAUAAGUUUUAGAAAGCACAACAAAAAAAGAAGAUACUUUUAUUUUCUUGCAUAGUUGAUCACGUUAUUACUAGAUAGAGAGAAAGGGAAGAGAAAAAGAAGCAGCAGCAUUGGAGUGAGUGAAACAACAAGCAAUACAAAAAGCAUAGACGAUGUUGGCUGGGUGUUCUAGUUCAACAUUGUUGUCACCAAGGCACAGAUUGAGGAGCGAAGCAUCUGCACAGUUUCAAGCUUGUCACUUUCAGCAAUCUUCCAUGAGCACGCAGAGAUUGGACUUGCCAUGUAGCAGCUUCCCACGGAAAGACACCUCUUCACGUUCUCAGCCAUUGAGGCCAGUUGGGCUUUCAGUGGAGAAACCAAUAGAAGCAAAGACAAGCACUUGUUCUCUCAAGACGAACAUUCGACUUCCACCUUUGGCAACAACCACAAGCGUUCACACAGCAGCAACAGCAACACCACUGGGGGAUUCUAUCAAGGAUGAGUUUUGGGAGAAGGGUGACAACAAGAGUUUGAAGAGGCUUGCUGAGCAUGAUCAUGAGUCCUUCACCAACAGGGCCAAAAGGAAAAAGGGUGGUGGCAAUGAUUGUGAUAAUGGGAACAACAACUUUUGGUUUCAACCUGGUAUUGAUACUUUCGGAGGACUUAACACUUCACUUCCUUUUUCUCUUAACUGUUCAGGUGAAGAGGAAGAAAGGGUUUGUUUUAUUCCUUCUGAAGUGGUUUCUCAUUCCUCACCUUUGCCUUUGUCUAAUAACCCUUGGCUAGAAUCUGGUGUCACAAAGAUCACCAAUUUUGGUGAAGGUAGCCACCGUGGUGUUCAUCAUGACCCUCAUGUAAAAGAAGGGUCAGUUUCCAAUGCUUCUUCAGAGAGCCAAAGCUUGAGCCUGAGGCUAAACGAGAAUGCAUCAGAACAUGAAGUGGGAAACGGUUCAGGGAACCCUUAUCAUCACCAUGAGGUGGAGACAGGAGAAGAGGAGGAGCAAGAGGAGCAUCAUGGGUUUGAGCUUGUAAGCCUGCUCACUGGUUGUGUUGAUGCAAUUGGAUCAAGAAACGUGGCUGCAAUCAACCAUUUCAUUGCUAAACUGGGUGAUCUUGCAUCUCCAAAAGGAACUUCAAUAAGCCGAAUUUGUGCUUAUUUCACAGAAGCCUUAGCCAUUAGAGUCACAAGGCUUUGGCCUCAUAUUUUUCACAUCACACCCACUUCUCGAGACUUAGAUAGAGUAGUGGAUGAUGAUGAAACUGGCACUGCCUUAAGGCUUCUAAACCAAGUCACCCCAAUUCCCAAGUUUCUUCAUUUCACAUCAAAUGAGAUGCUGUUAAGAGCCUUUGAAGGGAAAGACAAGGUUCACAUCAUAGAUUUUGACAUAAAGCAAGGGCUUCAAUGGCCUAGCUUGUUCCAAAGCUUGGCUUCUAGAACAAACCCUCCAAGCCACGUUAGAAUCACGGGUAUUGGUGAAUCAAAGCAAGAACUUAACGAAACUGGAGACAGGCUUGCUGGUUUUGCUGAAGCACUGAACCUUCCCUUUGAGUUUCACCCAGUUGUGGAUAGACUCGAAGAUGUGAGACUUUGGAUGCUUCACGUGAAGGAACACGAGAGUGUCGCUGUGAACUGUGUUUUGCAGCUUCACAAGACCCUUUAUGAUGGAAGUGGAGGAGCUUUAAGAGAUUUUUUGGGGCUCAUUAGAAGCACCAAUCCUUGUGUUGUUGUUAUGGCAGAGCAAGAAGCAGAACACAAUGAGGCAAGGUUGGAGGCUAGAGUGUGUAACUCAUUGAAGUAUUAUUCUGCGGUUUUUGAUUCUAUUGAUGAGAGUGGACUUACACAAGAGAGUGGAGCAAGAGUGAAGAUAGAAGAGACGUAUGGAAGGGAAAUAAGGAACAUUGUUGCAUGUGAAGGAAGGGACAGGUUGGAGAGGCAUGAGAGUUUUGGGAAAUGGAGGAGGAUGAUGGUGGAGCAAGGAGGGUUCAGAUGCAUUGGAGUAACUGAGAGGGAAAUGAGUCAGAGCCAGUUGUUGUUGAAGAUGUAUGCUUGUGAUAAGUAUUGUGUGAAGAAACAAGAGAGUGAAGGAGCUGCAGGAGUUACUCUUGGUUGGUUAGACCAAGAUUUAUAUACGGUUUCAGCAUGGGCACCAGUUGAUGUUGCGGGUAGUUCAUCCUCUUUUUCUCAGCCAACUUGAGUUUAUUGAUUCGUUGCCACGGGUUUUCUUUUGUUAUUAUUCUUAUUCAUACAUUACUAUUAUUCCUUUGGAGCAGAUAUGAUACACAGAGAGUAAAAAAGAAAGGGUAGGGGUCAGGGAGAGUAUUCUUUGUAGGUAGAGGAAAAUAUUGUCAUUGUUAUUAUUAUUAUUAUUCUUUCAUUCU